AUGAAAUACUUAAUAGUAGCUACCCUUAUCUUAUUUACUAUGGCUGAGUAAAUCAAGUGCCCACUUGAGAUAGACACUUCAGUAUCUUGUACAAAAGAAAAUUAACCUUCAUGUUCAUUUUCAUCCGAAGGAUACGUAAGAUUUAAACUUAAAUUGUAGCCAUUAGGAACAUUUGAAAACCCUUGUUUUGCUUGCAGAGCAGAUAGAGCAGUUUCUUAUGAGCUUAAUCCAUGUAAGUUGGCCACAACACCUUCAGACCCAUAAGUUACAGAUUCUGGAAAUUCUUCUUCCACUACUUCAAAAGGAAAUACCGUAAUCAAAUGUGACAUUCCAAAAUCUGAUAGCCCAAUAUGUCCAGCAGUGUAAUAUCUUUAAAUAAUAUUUUAGUUAUAAACCUACUUGUGGAUUGUUCAAUUCUAGUAUUCAAUGCUUCAAAGCUCCUUGUGGAAGAUCGUUUGGAAAUGAAUGUGAAGCCUGUUCCGACAAAAGUGUUGAUUCAUAUUUCUACGGAGAUUGUGAAGAUGUUCCUUAAGAGUAUCUUAAUUGAAUUAUAAUUUUAGAGAUCCAUAAAAUCCACCUGAUGAUAGUAUCACCUAUUGUACAGAACCUAGACCUGAGAUAUGUACUGAUGAAUAUACAGACACUUGUGCUUUCAUCUCAACCCCAUGCUUUUCAGAUUCUUGUUUGAGAUCUGCUGGAAACUAUUGUGAUGCUUGUUCUAAAAAAGACGUGGUUGGAUAUAUUAAACAAUCUUGUGAGAAAUACAAGUAAGUAUUUGUUCUAUUUUUAGAUAAGUAUACACCUAAUAUCCAAGUAAUCUGGACGACAAAGAUCCUUAAACUUAGACUGAAGAGGAAGCCUAAGAUUUAGAUUCACAAAACCAAGAAACAUCUAAGUAAUGUGGUACCAAGCCAAGUUCUUGUGACAAUACUGUGAAUGAAGUGUGUGCAACCUAUCAAUGCAAUGACACCACUUGUCAAAAAGAAUUUUAAAAUUCAUGCUAAGCUUGCUUAGAAUCAACAACUAUUUCAUAUAUUUAGGGUAAGUGUUAAACUCUAUCUGGAACUAUCCUGGGUUUGGCCUUAUUAUUACAGCUAAUCAUAUGA